UCCGCUCCUGAUUCGGCCACAGGCUUGCUCGUCAGGAGCUGCUCCAAUGAGAAACACCCGUAGUUCACGAGCCUUCCAUUGAAUGUUAGCAGCGAGCCUGAGGAAAAGAGUGAAUCAGUCUGAAGUGAGGAGAAGCGGGGCGCGCCGUUGAGCCUGGCGCCCUGGAGGGUGAGGAGCCGCCUCUUUCUCGCCGCCCGCCGAGACCGCCUCGCCUCCCCGCCGGUGUUUGCCUCCCGCCCAUGUUCAAGGCAAGCGGCUCGGUAGUCGCCCCUCAACCGCCGCCUCCGAGUGGUCGCCUUUUGGGUUUCGUCGCGGGGUGCCGCCCGGCCAGGGAACCGCCUCCAUGGCUGAAUUAGGACAGGAGGUCGUCCACUUGGUGUGGGGCAAGAAGCCCGGCUCGCAGGGCCUCGCGGAUACCAUCUUUUGCCGCUGGGCACAAGGGUUUGUGUUCAGUGAAUCAGAAUCUACUGCAUUAGAACAAUUUGAAGGAGGCCCUUGUGCUGUCAUUGCACCAGUUCAGGCAUUCCUUCUGAAGAAGCUUUUUACUUGUGAGAAAUCUACCUGGAGACAGUGUCAAGAGGAAGAGCAGAAAAAUCUCCUUUGUCAUACACUAAGUGAAAUUUUGGAACUGGCUUGCUCUGAUCAUUCAGAAUCAUACUGUUUGGCAACAUGGCAAAGAGGAAAAACUGUGGAAGAUACUGCUAAUAUUUCUGAAAGCUCAGCAGAGUCGAGCCAUCAAGAGGAGCAAUCAUCUGCCUUGGCUGUCGAAGAGCUUGGCUUUGAACGAUUUCAUGCAUUAAUUCACAAGCAUUCAUAUGCCAGCUUUUCUGAUUUCAAAGAUGCAGUUUGGAAUCAGCAUGCAGUUUGGACAAAUAAAUUUGGAGUGCUACUUUUUCUGUAUUCUGUGAUACUCACUAAGGGUAUUGAAAAUAUAAAAAAUGAAAUUGAAGAUUCAACUGAACCAUUGAUAGAUCCUGUUUAUGGUCAUGGAAGCCAAAGUUUAAUUAAUCUUCUGUUGACGGGACAUGCAGUAUCUAAUGUCUGGGAUGGAGACAGGGAAUGCUCAGGAAUGAAAUUACUUGGAAUUCAUAAGCAAGUAGCUGUUGGUUUUUUGACACUUAUGGAAUCUCUGAGAUACUGUAAGGUUGGCUCUUAUUUGAAGUCUCCAAAGUUCCCUAUUUGGAUACUUGGCAGUGAAACUCAUCUCACAGUCUUCUUUGCCAAGGAUCUGGCUCUUGUUGCUCCUGAAGCCCCUUCAGAACAAGCCAGGCGAGUCUUUCAAACAUACGACCCUGAGGAUAAUGGCUUUAUACCAGACACUCUUCUAGAAGAUAUAAUGAAGGCUCUGGAUCUUGUAUCGGAUCCUGAAUAUGUAAACCUGAUGAAGACAAAAUUAGAUCCAGAAGGACUAGGAAUCAUCUUACUAGGUCCCUUUCUUCAAGAAUUUUUCCCUGAACAGGACUCAAAGGUUCAAGAAUCAUUCACUGUAUACCACUACAAUGGAUUGAAGCAGUCUAACUAUAAUGAAAAGGUCAUGUAUGUGGAAGGUACAGCAGUAAUUAUGGGCUUUGAAGACCCAAUGCUACAAACUGAUGAUACGCCAAUCAAGCGCUGUUUGCAGACAAAAUGGCCUUAUAUAGAACUACUUUGGACUACAGAUCGAUCCCCUUCGUUAAAUUGAUGUUAAGAAGAGACUUUGUAUUCCCUUAUCCAACGUUUUGAAUGAAUGCGGGAUAGGCAGCUGACUGUAUUUAAAUUAACAGAACAAACUUUACUUUGCGGCUAUACACUGGUGUCACUGAGAAAUUGUAAAUAAACACUUUUUCAGUGUUAGAAUUUUUUUUUAAAACCACUGAAUUGAUUUGUAUUAAAACAGUUCCUGUUUGGCCAUUGUAGUAUAGGUAAAAUGUGAGUUCUCACCCAUGAACCUGCUCAUUCAGCCUAAAAAGAACAAGGAAGUGAUCUAGUAAGGCAGCAUCUGCAUAGUAGAUUACGUUUGUCUUAAAUAUCAUAGUAUUCACUUGUUCCACACUUGUUCAGCCAUAUGGUUUAUUUGAAUUAAACUGCCUUAGGGUACAACCUGUUUUGGGAGUCCCCAUGUCCAAGCCCCACUGAAACAAAAAGAACUAUAAAAAUACGAGUUAAUACUCUUAGGUUGUUCUUAUUUCAGGAGGCUUUCUGCCGGAAAACUUAUCUGAUGGGUUGUGGCCUGUACUAGAGUAUCAUAGUUUGGGGACUAGAUGGAUAUUUGCACUGAAUUUGCUUAGAUGAGUAACAUCUCUGCUGCUUUUCUCUGAAAAUCUGACUCUUACCUAUGUAGCUUUUUGCAAAUGAAACAAGAAUGAUGAUUUUUAAAGUAUGGCUGAUGAUAAAUGAUAAAUACUAUUUAUUGGGUGUUAUGCCAUUCUCAAAGUUUACCUAUUAGACAAAGCAGGAUUUAAAUAAAAUUGCAUAUUAAUAUUCAGAGUUGUAUAAAGGAAAUGUAAAAGAGAACCUAACAGAAGAAAAAAAUGCGCUGAGAUUUUUGGAGUUGUUCAUAUUAUUAUUGCCAAAUACUUCUUCUCAAUAUGUAUUAAUAAACAUAUGCCUACAGCACUACUGUACAUGUUAA